AUGAGCCACGUCUUCAUUGAGCGGGCGGUCGAUGUCUGUCGCAGCAUCCCCGAAUGGAGUGAGCCCCACUUCUCAAAGUCUGAUUGCUUGAUUGCUGUGGGAAUGGAAAAUGAAUCGGCAUUAUCGGAAACCAAUCGACGGCAUGUCCACCGUCUGCUACGCGGCUUGGAGCAAGCUGAAGGCCCACCGUAUCAUCCCAACACUGAAAAGGACAAUACUGAUCAUGCUGUUCACCUGGCUACUUUGAUUGCAGUCAAUCCUGCUACUGGGAAAAAGGCAUCGCUUGCUUUUGUUAUGAGAGUUGCUGGAUUCGCCGAUGAGAGUUGUGGCCCAGGCAAGGAUUAUGUUCGGGUGCAAAGGCGUGUCAAAACAGCAAGACAGAAGAACUGCAACCCACCACCGCCAGUGCCUCCGCCUCAAGCUAGCAGAGCAAAACCUGUCCCCCCAAAACGUCCACCAUCGAUACCCAAAUAUGCAGCCAUUAUGGAGAUUUACUUGGAAGACGAUUCCUAUGCUCCCAACUUAUUGUUAUCUCCUUUAUCAUCUGCGUCUUCUACGACAAGUAGCAACAACAAAAAACCUGCUGCAAAGGAGACUGCAAAGAACGAUGAUGAGUGCUUUGAUUUCUACAAUACUCCGCAAGUCUUCGAUUAUUCUGAGACAAUGCCUCCACCGUUUGCCAGUCCAGUUUCGGAUUUGGCUUCGUGCGCAUCAGCAGCAUCCAAGGUUUCCUUCAAAGAUGCCAAACAACGCCCAAAGAAUAUUAACAGUGCCAUAUCGCACUUGACAACGUCGCAGCUCCAUAGGCGGACCACCCAAGCGGCACAAGUUGAGCGUCAAACCGACCGUGAGCUCGACAAUAUUCGGAAAUCAAUGUACAAGGUUGGUGCGGUUCUUUACAAGUCGGUAACAAUAAAGGAAAACACUCUCCAAAUGUUCAGGUCAGCUGAGGCGGUAGCGAGUGAAUUGAACAACCUUGUCGGCAUCGACAUUUUGUCUGGAAGAGAGCUUGCCGAAGGUGUCCGGAAAGGCCGAGUCAACCAAUCCCCCCCAAGGCUUGGACGAAAGGGAGAAAUUCCGGAUGAAGUAUUCAAAGCUUUCUGCACUUCUAUCUUUACUCUCUGCGCCAUUAAACAAGUGAAUUGUCAUGACCGAAUGAACCGAGAGCAACUGAAGAGUGCCGUUGGUGAGGUUUUGAAUGAUAUGCGGAAGGAAAAUGGCCUCGAUCCGAUGAAUGAUGCGAAAUUCUACAGUCGCAUUGAAAAAGAGAUCAGUCAUCUACAAGACCUAGUGCCUCGUGUCGGUGAAGGAAAAUGGUGGUACCUCCAUAUGGAGGAUGCUCUGUCAGGCUCUUCUGCCGGUCCAAAUAGUAAGGCUAGGACUUGUAUUUGA